AUGGUCUUCUUUUGUUGCAACAGCUGCGGAGACACGCUCAAGAAGCAAAAAGUAGAACAUCACUCCUGUCACGGUUCUUACUCCUGCAUUGACUGCAAUGUUAACUUCACGGGCAAUGAGUACAAGAAGCACACUAAGUGUGUUACUGAAGCAGAGAGAUAUCAGGGGAACCUAUACGAGGGAAAAGAAGAUAAGGGAGCAAAAAAACAGGACUCGUGGAUGGUUUCAGUAAGAGACGCAGCUGAGUCGUGUAAGAACAAUUCACAGUUGAAGGGGCUUUUAGUCAGGAUUGCAGAGAAUGAUAAUGUGCCCCGUAAAAAGGUUAAGUUUUUGAAUUUCAUUAGAAACUCCAUGAGGGUUGGUAACAAGGAUUUGGUUGAGAAAGCUUGGGAUGCCAUAGAAAAAGCGGGAAAGCCUCCAGCUCCUGCUGUUCCAUCAGAAGUAAUUCAGGAAGUUGUUGUUCCGCAAGAAACUGAAGGAAAAGUGAAGAAGUCCAAAAAGAAAUCAAAGAAGACAUUGAACUCCGAAAAUGUGAAUGGUGGGCUGAACGCCAACAAACAAGUUGAGCCAGUUGAAAAUUCAAAUGGUAAUGUUGUAAAAGUUAACAAGAAAAGAAAGCGAGCUGAUUCUGAAACAAAAACUGAGAAUUUAACCGAAGUUGCGAUUGUUAAGAAGAAGAAGAAUAAAUCUAAAAGCAAGGAAAGCGAUGCAUCUAAGGAAAACACUUCAUUGCUGGAACCGAACUUGAAUCAUGUCAAUGGAGUCGCUCCUGAAACGCCAAACAAGGUCAAAAAAUAUAAACUUUCUAAUCAUAUUCAGGAGCUUGUAUUCGAUAAGGAAGAGAUCUCGCUUAAAAAGUUAAAACGUAAAGUAACGGCAGCUUAUUUGGAAUCUUAUCCUUUUAAAUCACCAGAGGAAGCCAGCAGAUUGUUCGAUAAGAAAGUAAUGAAAGUUCCUGGUGUAUGUGUCGAGCAUGGCACGGCUUCAAAGGAAGUGUUAGAUAUUGUUGAAACAUGAAGAUAUUUGGCUGUAGUUUAAAUUUGUAAUCUUGUUUUUGGGAAAUCGUACAGCGAUAAUAAUUUAUUAUUUUUUAAAUUUGACAAAGUUUAAAUUUCA